CUUGAGCCACAACAAUCUGCAUCAUACGGUGUUUGGCUUGCAUAAAGCCAAGGACCCGGCCUAGAAACUAGUGAUGUAAUCAUGCACGUCCAGGAACUGGAUGAUCUCGCAGCAGGCUGGAUAUAUCUUGCCGUGAAUUCCCUCCUAGUCACGAUGGUCGUAGCAAUCCAACACCUGCCACUACAAUCCAGGCCCAAUUGACAGUUGCAGCCCGGGGGCUUCAUACCGGUCUUUCAUCAUGAGGUUCCUUACAAGUCUCGUUCUUGCCACUUUAUCCACCACAACGGCAUCCUACCAGUUCAAUCCUCUCCACCAUCUUGCCGGUAUCGCACCUUACUUCAGCUCUCAUGAUCCCCAGAUUGAUCCAGCUCCCCCCGCUGGCUGCAACAUCACACGCGCAGCUUAUCUCGUCCGUCAUGCUGCCAUCUAUGCCAAUGACUUCGACUACGAGACCUACAUCGAGCCGUUCGUCGAGAAGCUGCGCAACACAACACAAAGCUGGACAAACACCGACUCGCUCGCCUUCCUCGCCAAUUGGACCGCGCCGAUCACUGAGGACCACCUCGAAAAGCUGACUCGCGUCGGACUCCAAGAGGCAACAACCCUAGGCGUUAAGUUCCGCCAGCGAUACCCUGACUUACACACCGACAAAGUUUGGGCCGCGACUGCUGAGCGGACGACCAAAUCUGCCCAGGGCUUCAUAACUGGCUACACCAACAACAAAACGCACGUGGAUCUUGUCAGCGUCGCACAGAGUGACACGACUGGCGCGGACUCCUUGACACCUUACAAAUCUUGCCCAGCAUACAGCUCCAGCUAUGGCAGCACCUAUGAAGAUGAGUUCAUUGAAAACUACACAGGCCCCAUAAUCAAGCGACUCAACGCCUUCGCCCCCAAAUUCAACUUCACUUCCUCCGAUGUAACCGCCAUGUUUGAGCUCUGCGGCUACGAGACCGUAAUCCGAGGCUCCUCCCCAUUCUGCUCCUCCUCGCUUUUCACCAACAACGAAUGGCUCUCCUUUGAGUACGCCAACGACAUCAUGUACUUCCACAACACGGGCUACGGCCGCCCCGUGUCGCCGGUGAUUGGCUUUCCCUGGGUCAACGCCAGCUACAAUCUCCUCUCCGCAGAGACCAGCGAGCAAGACAUCUACGUCUCCUUCACACACCGCGAGGUGCCGCCAACCAUUGUCACAGCGCUGGGCCUAUUCAACAACAGUGCUUAUUCGGGCGCGGAUAAUGUGAACGCUACUAUGCCAACGAAUGAGGUGAAUUACGAUCGUACCUGGAAGAGCAGUAACAUCUUGCCAUUCUUGGGAAAUAUUGGGAUUGAGCGGAUGGAGUGCAGUGGUACUCACAAUGGAUUUGACGAGGGUGUAUACUUCCGGGUGUUGGUCAAUGAGGCUGUUAAGCCGCUGAUCGGGUGUCGGGAUGGGCCUGGGGAGAGCUGUAGUGCGGGAAAGUUUGCCGAAUUUAUUAGCGGGAAAGAGAAAAGAUUCGGGAAUUUUGGCAGGACGUGUGGAAAUUCCUCUGCUUUGGAGACUUUGGAUAUCUAUAAUUAGUAGUGGUGGUGGUGGUGGUACACCGGUACUUAGAUUGGUUAUUAAUGCCUGGGACGCGGUAUAUGAACGACGCUCAUUAGUGGAAACACAAAUAAACUGGCUG